GGUGACCGUUGGAUCCUGAUUGGCGCCACAAAACAAAAAGUGUUACGGUUAUUAAAACGCCCCAAGGCACACGCUACCAAUAACACAUCGAAUGAAUGUUUUGCGACCAUGAGACCAGCGUGUUGUCGUUGAUAUAUGACUAGAACCGACUGACCAAUUCUCUUCCAGCAUUACAAAGCACAGAACGAGUUUCCAAGGCGGCGAGGGAUUUGCGUCGCAGGUGUAGGGAUUGGAUUCCAAUAGCUCUCGCAAUGAAAAGCUUUGAGCUCUACUUGAGCCGAAGCACACGGGAUGAGUGGUCUCAACAUUAUAUGGAUUACGGCGGCCUGAAAGCAAGGCUACGCCAGUUCUACAAGCGGCGGAGACGAAUUCAAAAGUUAAUGCUUGGCAGCGCGUUGUCAGCUGAAGAAUUCAAAGUCUUGGCGGGAAGUGAAGUGGAUCAAGCAGGGUACUUUCAGUUUGUAGACAGCCGUUCCUGUCGACUGCUGGUAGAUAGAGAAGAUGCCCUUCUGAGGCUCUCCAUCAUGGAACGACAAGAGUUCUCCGAACUGCUCGAGGCAGAAAUCUCUAAAUCGGCAAUCUUUUUUACCGAAACUCUGAUCAAAGAAUUGGAAGCUCGAGUUGCCGCUGACAGCUUUGAGGUUGCCGCACAAGAGUUACUGGAGACUAUGGCCUUUUGUGUUACCAAUAUCAUCACCUUCCGACAGGUGCUUAUUCGAUACGACGGAUUUAGACGUACCUUUGAUGGAAUACCCUUGUCCGAAUGGCACUUGCAACGGAGUAUUUUAGGCAGGAGGCAUCCCGUACACGCACUAUUCCAACUCAAGAAUCUAUAUGAAUUUGAAAAGAGGUUGCUGUUGGGUAUGCAAGAAAAAGGAAAAGUUAUGGAAGCAGAAGCACUUUCAUUACAAAGCGAAUGCAUGUUGCAUUUGCUCAAAAAAACAAACGAUGCUUUGGACAAGGCUGUUGCCGGACAUGUUGUCUUCAAAGAACGCGUCAUUGCCACUGUCAGACAGUACUUCCUCUUUGGCUUUCAAAGUCGAGGGCUAGUCCACUCUCCAAAGGUACUAAUGAAAGGUCGCCACCUCAAGGCGGAGCUCCGAACAGUUGCCAAGUGGAGAGAAACAAGAAGCUUUCCCAAGACAGCACAAUAUCCAGACACAUUUGCGAGAAGAUUGAAGCAGUUGAACCCAGAGAAUGUAUUCCCUCUAUUCUUGAACUUGCUCUCUUGCUUCUUUUUCAUGAUGAAUAACUACAUCAUCGAACCUAGUUCCGCUUACUAUGCCAACGCCCUGGGCAGCAGUGAUGCACUGUCUGGAAUCAUGAUUGGGGCAGCACCAUGGUUUGCCAUGCUUUCUGCCGUUGGAUAUUCCUAUUGGACCAACUACAACUACAAAAUGCCCAUUAUCUUUGCAGGAUGUCUACAAAUGGUCGGCAAUUUCAUGUACGCCAAUGCAUACAGCUACAGCAGCAUGACAAUGUGCCUACUGGGACGAGUUCUGACUGGUUUGGGUGCCCCUAGAAUCAUCAACAGGAGAUAUGUCGCCGAUGCAACUCCAUUUUCCCUCCGUACUGCUGCGAGUGCUUCCUUUGCCAUGGCAACCGCUCUCGGCGCCGCUCUUGGACCUGGAAUGGCAAUUCUGCUGGACAAUAUGACGGAAUUUGAAUUCACAGUUCCCUUUCUGGAACAACAGUACUUCAACGGAAUGACUGGACCUGGCUACUUCAUGGCUCUCUGCUGGGGCAUCUACACUGUCGUCAUCAUCCUAUUCUUCAAGGAGCCCAUCCGAUGUGGACUAGAUGAGCUGAAGACACGAGAAGAAGCACUUCAAGCGCUGAGCACAAUGACGAAGAGCCCCAAGUCAGAAGGCGGUAGCAAAGCGUCCGAUGACAGCAAAGGAGGUUUGGACCGACAGGACACUUCCCUUACCAUCGAAGAUGGCUACGAUUCGGAUGUCAGUGAUGGUGACACAGAGACAGCUUCAACCUACUUUAUGGACCUUGACAGCUACACAAACAAACGCAUGUGCUCGUGUCUUCAACAUAUCACAACGCCGGUUAUCAUUACCAUGUCUUUGAUAUUCAUGAAGCGAAUCGCUCUUGAGAGCAUCGUUGGCUCGACAUCAAUCGUCACAAAGAAUAGAUACGGAUGGAGCAUCAAGAACGUUGGGACACUCCAUUUGGUGAAUGGUCUCAUUGUUAUACCUGUCUCGGCCAUUUCGGGUUGGCUUUCGACCUACUACGAGGACAGAUUCAUGGCAGUGUGCUUUCUUGUCAUCACGCUUGGUGGCAUGGCCUUCCUCUUUGACCCCUCGGAUUUGAUCUCUCAUGACAAUGAUACCUACAACGAGGACCAUCCGUUGUCAGUGGGGCCUAUCAAGUACAUCACUGGAAGUUUGAUUGCCUUCAGUGGAAUUGAGGCCUGUGAGAGUUUUGUAGCAUCACUCAUGAGCAAGGUGGUUCCGUCUGCUUUGGCAACUGGAACUUUUAAUUCGGGUCUUCUUGCGACUCUGGUUGGAACGGGAGGAAGGGCCACCGGAGACCUUGUUAUCACCGUCAUGGGAUUAAUUAGUAUCCGAAACCUGCUAGACUUGCUGAUAAUACCGGGCGCAAUCCUCGUUAGCAUAUCAAUAUUCUUGAUUCGCUACAACUACGAUAUCCUUUGUGUCUAAGAUCAAGACCUGGGAUGCCGAGGAAAGAGAGGAGAUUGCCCACUGCCUGGCUCCGUUUGGAAAGAGAAUGGCGACGGUGUCUUCCCUUUCCGCACAGUAGGGGUUGACUGGGAGUUCAAUGGCACCGUGGCCAGAGAUUGCUUUUCUGACCACGUGUGUCGCUUCUGCUCUCGCGGCCCCUUCGCGGAAGCAUGCUCGAUACAGCUUCGACACAGAACAUACCGGUGGCAGGAACCCGUGGUCGGUCGACAACACGAACGGCUCGGGUAGCAGGAUGCCUGUGAAAGCUGACACUCCCUUUUUGAGCUGCUUGUCAAUAAUUUAAAUUCAUAACAGUACGAGUACCCCUGUAAAGAAUGAAUGCCACAAAAUAUCUGCAACGAGCGUCCAAGCACCCAAAUCCGGACCCCGUCCGGUAGAAAAGUUAUACGUCUCGACAGACA